GAAUCGAGAAUGAUCGAACAAAGACACGAGAGCACUUGUGUCAGCUUAGCUCGGCACUGACAGCUAUCGCCAUCGCCUUCCGGGGCGGGUCCGCAUGGGAUCAUCCUCCCCGGUGGGCGGCCGGCCGGUUGGAGGUGAGCUUCCUGAAGGAGAGGAAGCGGAUUGCGAGGAGGAAGAGGAGGCAGACUGCGCUGAUACGAAAGGUGCGACAUCCAUGUCGUCUGCUUUGUUGGCUCCGACCACAUCCUGCUCCUCCUCAUCUUCUUCGGCACUGCCCAUGAAGGAGAAAGUUGAGGACGAGUCCGUGGAUCGACAGAUCGCGGCAUGCAGUGAGGGUGGUGCCCCAAGGAGUGAGACGCGGCUCAGAGCGGUAGAAGAUCCGGCCUUAAGCUUUAAGCCUUCGAGAGAUUGGAAGGCAGAGAUCCAAAAAAUCCGAGCCUCCGUGGAGGAUCCCAAGACUUCAGAUGAAGAGAAGAUCCGGAUCCUCCAUGAGGCGCUCCAACAGCGGAUCGAUGAGACUAGGGCGCACGAGGAGGUCAAGGCCUCCAUUCAGAAGCGCUUAGAAACCCUCCAAUCCGAUCGCGAGCGAUGCGAUGCCGAGGCUCAACGCCUCAGCAGCAUGAAGGGAAAGCUGGAGGGCUGCUGCAGAGAGCAGAAAGACCAAAUGAACAGCAUGGCCAAGGAGAAUCAAAAGAUCGCGGAAGAGGAGCGACAGCGGCACUCCGAGCUCAAGGAAAAGUUUCAGGUGGCCAUCAAAGAUGUACAGGAAAAGAUGGAUGCAGAGCUCGAGGUACGCCAUGGCUUCCUCAAAGAAAACGAUGAUUUGCGAAGCAAGUUGCAAAAGUUCAACGAGACUUACGAAGCUCAGGAGGCUCAACUCGCCGAGCAACAGGAGGCUAGAGAGAAGGAGAUGCAGGCGGCCACAGAACGGCUGAAGGAACACGAGGCGAUGUGUGUGUCCUCCAGAGCAAAUGCCACCCAGUUGGAAAAGCAAAAUGAGACGUUGCGCAAGACGCAAGCCGUGCUCCAGAGUGACUUACAAGGCAUCUUGAAGAAAUUUGAUGAGUUCUCAAAGCAGGUCUCUGGUUCCAACAAGCGACACAGUGAAUGCAAGGAAGAGAUCGACUCCCUCCAGGCUCACAUGGAGGAGCUGGAGAAGGAGAACUCAGAGCUGCGGAACAAUGCCCGGCUCUCGGAGCUUGCCUCGGAGCAGCAGGUGAUGCAGAAGCAACGUGAUGCACUCGACAAGUUAUGCGACAAUCUCUACAAGGAGAAUCAGAAGUUGAAAGAGCAGCUGAGGGAAAAACGUUGAGGCUGGAAGGCCUGAGAGUGGAAGCAGGGAGCCAUGCAAAUUCGCACAGAUAAGGAGGUCGUAUGUCGUCCUACUGGUCGCUAUUUGAGGGCUUUCCAGAGUGUUUCAGGAGAUUUAACAUUUGUGUGGAGCCAAUAUCAAUACCAUUCGUCAUGCUGUGCUGGAGUGCCUCGCAGAGAUUUUUGGAGUCA